GCCGUGACGCUGGGGAGCGCGUGGCGGGGAUCUGUGUGCGGUAGUGCUCUGGUUCCUGAGACUGUUGGUGUCUUCUCGCUCUCCUCAGAGGUGCUACCUGACACCAUGUUUGUCCUGGUAGAGAUGACUGACACAGUAAGAAUUCCUCCCUGGCAGUUUCAAAGGAAACUGAAUGAAUCCAUUGCUGAAGAGCUAAACAAGAAAUUGGCCAAUAAGGUUGUAUACAAUGUCGGCCUGUGCAUCUGUCUGUAUGAUAUCACAAAGCUGGAAGAUUCAUACAUAUUCCCUGGAGAUGGUGCAUCACAUACCAAAGUGCAUUUCCGCUACGUGGUGUUCCAUCCCUUCCUGGAUGAGAUUCUGAUUGGACAGAUUAAAGGUUGCAGUCAGGAUGGUGUCCACGUUUCUAUUGGAUUCUUUGAUGAUAUUGUCAUCCCACCAGAAUCCCUGCAGCAGCCAGCUAAGUUUGAUGAAGCAGAGCAGGUGUGGGUAUGGGAAUAUGAGACGGAAGAAGGGGCCCAUGACCUUUACAUGGACAUUGGGGAGGAGAUCCGCUUCCGAGUCGUGGAUGAAACGUUUGUCGAUACAUCACCAACAGGGCCGAGCUCUGCAGAGGCUUCCACUUCAAAUGCCACAGAAGAAGUCCAGAAGAAAGAGGCACCCUACACUCUUGUGGGAUCAAUCAGUGAGCCAGGCCUGGGUCUCCUGUCGUGGUGGACAAACAGUUAGCUGCCAUCAGAGCCUGCUCCACAGAAGGUCUUUCUGGUGGAUGUUUGGGGGGAUAAUGGGAUCCUGCGGGUGUUCGUUGCGCCUCCGAAGCUGAAUGAGAAAUUAGACCUGCCAUUCUCUGUUUCUCCUUCAGCUUCCAACCUGCCAGAUCAAGACAGUCGCUUUCAAGAGAUGUCAGUGAUCUGUAGUAGUGAAUUUACAGGCACAAAAAGCCUUGAGCACAGCAGCAACAAACUCAGCUGGAGCUUUGGUCUCCUGCCCUGGAGGGAAAACUGAGGAGGUCUUUACUUGCCUGAAUUAAGAAGGGAGUUGACUUCAGUGAAUGAAAGCAGGAGAGAAUGCCUGUCAAGAAGUAUUGCUUCCCUGGGCUGAGAGCUUCAUCUCAGGGGGGUGGAAGCCUGCCCUUCUUUUUACAAGAAAUGGAGAAGAAACAGCAAAAGGCUAGAGUUAAUAAAGGUGUGGUACUCUGGAGACCUGGCAACUGAUGGGAGGGAUGGGAGGUGGACGUAAUGUUCUGCUAUGAGUGUGAACUUAACCCAUGGGAUGAAGUCAGCCAAAGAGAACUGGAAUGACCGUAGUUUACCCAAAAGUAGGUUAGGCUCUGUGAAGAUUACCACUGUCAGGCUACAGGCUGUUUAUUGUGCUGAAUGGGAGUACUUUAUUGGGUGGGCUGUAUCUAUGUAGAAUGAGCUAAACUUUGCCAGAGUUUGGCUAAAAAUACAUAACUAUGAAUUGAAAUGGAUCAAGGCUGCUUUUAGCAAGUUAAAAUACCUUAUUGUGGGGGUAUUUACACCUGUGCUAAUACCAGAGAUGGAAUAAAUAGUAAAAACCACACAGCCUGCCUUCCUGUACAAUUUGUGGGGAAACUAUUAGCUUCCUGCCUAGCAGGAAGAAAAAAGUUGCCUCCUGCAGUUUAGCUGCUUGGAUUUCAAGGCAGACAGUGUUGAGACCAACACUUUGCUCUGCUCUAACAGCCAAUAACAAACAAUUGCCACCAUCCUCCCUGACAGCAGUGAAAGGAAAGGGGGGAACAAAAUGGUGAGUAAAAUCUAUGCAGGGCCCGUUGCCAAGAGUGAUGUUGCACAUAAUUACAAAGCCAGCCACAUUUGGCAGGAAGGGGUAAUAAUUCCCUGGGAUAGUGGGUCUGCUUAACCUCCAACUGUGAAAACAAAGCCUGAGUCACCAGCACCCUCCCUGCAGUGUUGUUGGAACCCCUUAAUUCUGAACUGUUAUUCCUGGUGCAUUGCCCCAAUUAAAAGGGAGCCCAGAAUUCUUCAGGCUUGCAUAGUAACUGAGGUCCAUCUGCUCAGACAAUAAGCUCCCUGAAUGCGGUCUAAAGAGCAGUAGUGCUCAGACAUGCAAUCAUCUAGCCGUGAUGGAAACAAAACUGUUUACAGAACACCCUCAUCUGUUUGUGUAGGUGGAAAUUUGGGUGAAGCAAGUUAGAGCCUCAACAGCCAGAGAGAGGCUUCCACACUGGCUGUCCUGGGAGGGGUCAGGGAGGGCAGAGAACAGCCCAAGCACCUCCAAGUAGUUGUUGUGCUCUGCUCGUCACAGGGUUAGAGCUCCCAGGAGUGCAGGGAGGUGGCAGCUGCGUGGCUUUAUGUGCUGCUCUAAGGAGAUCCUCAACAUCAAGGUCCUGUGGGGGAACAGACAAGCUGUGCUUGAGGAAAUGGGUUUCCUGCAUGAUGCUGGGAAAGCAUGUAAAUCAUGCUCCUUGCAAGUUUGUCAUUGUUGCUGUUGCCCUAGACAGGAAUGUAGUUUGGGAAGGUGGUGACAGUCAUGAGUGUAGCCUGCAGGAGGCUAAUGACAAGGGAUUAACAGUGCAAGACAGCUGUGAGGGCUCUUUUUUUACGAGGUGGGUGUUGGUUUGCUUGGGGUUUUUAUUCAUAUAGAUUUACAGAAUAAGAAC